GAAGUCCCUUAAUAAUUAAACACACACUUUGUUUGUUUUAUCUUCACAGUUCCGCUUUAACCCUCCUAUCUAUUUUUUUUGUUUUGUUUUUCUUUGUUAAAGAUUCAGUCUCAUAUUCUUCCUCUAUGCCGGUGAGUUCUUGAUAAUUUAAUAUUUCGUAAAUCAAUUUUAAAAGAAUCUACAUAUAAUUAAUACCAAGCUUAGUAAUUUCCUUUAGUGGGCUUUAACCCUUUUGCCUUUAUUUCCCCCUCGAGACAAAAGGAGAGCGACAAACACUUCCUGUCUAAAUUUUGUUUUCUCUCCUUCUAUCUCUCUCCGUCUUUCGAUUUCUGAUCAGUCUCUUUAAUUUUUCCCAUAUUUUUAAAAUUUUCUUUUCAACAAUCUCCGGCUUAAAAUGCCCUUAGAGGCUGUCGUAUACCCGCAAGAUCCAUUCGGAUAUCUUUCUAAUUGCAAAGAUUUCAUGUUCCACGACUUGUGCUCUCAAGAAGAGGUCUUAGCUCAAGAUACGAAGAACAACAUUGAUAAGUUAGGGCAAGAACAGAGAUUUGUGGAACAAGGUAAGGAGGAGGAUCGUCAAUGGCGAAACUAUAAUCAGUACCCUUUAUUAAUCCCUUCGUUGGAAGAAGAGCUUGGUCUUCCCGCCAUUGAUGUGGAUAAUCAUCCUCCUCCACAGCAGCGGAGGAAGAGGAGGAGAACGAGAAACUGCAAGAACAAGGAAGAGAUCGAGAACCAGAGAAUGACUCACAUCGCCGUCGAGAGAAAUCGCCGGAAACAGAUGAACGAGUACCUCGCUGUGCUCCGUUCUCUAAUGCCGUCGUCGUAUGCUCAAAGAGGUGAUCAAGCGUCGAUAGUAGGAGGAGCUAUUAACUACGUGAAGGAGUUAGAGCAUAUCUUACAAUCUAUGGGGCCUAAGAGAACCAGGACCACGUCCACGACCCAUGAUCCCGAAGGAGCCAAUACUAGCACUAGCUCGUUGGUGGGUCCCUUCUCAGAUUUUUUCAGCUUCCCUCAAUAUUCUACAAAGUCAUCAUCAGAAGUACCGGAAAGCUCAUCUUCACCGGCGGAGAUAGAGGUGACGGUGGCAGAAAGCCACGCAAACAUCAAGAUACUGGUGAAGAAGAAACCGAGGCAGCUUCUUAAACUUAUAGCUUCUUUACAAAGUCUAAGGCUCACUCUUCUUCAUCUUAAUGUCACCACUCUCCACAACUCCAUUCUCUACUCCAUCAGCGUCAAGGUUGAAGAAGGUAGCCAGUUGAAUACCGUGGACGACAUUGCAACAGCUUUGAAUCAUACCAUAAGGAGGAUUCAGGAAGAGUCGUAUUUCAGCAAAUAGAUUAAAUUAUUUAGUUUUUAUGUUUCUUUUUUAUAUAUUUUAUUUUGAAAUAACUGAAAUCCAUUUUCUAAUUUGUGUGUUUUUUGUUUUUCUCUCCAUGAGUUGCCUUUUUGUCUCUCCUGUAAUGAAUCAAUGGUCAUAAAUAUCUGAAAAAUUGAAUAAAAGAAUGGGUUAACUCGAUAA